AUGAAGAAGUGGGCCGAUAAGAAGCAUCACCACGUCGAGUAUAGUAUGGGCGACCUUGUGUUGGUGAAGCUACACAACAUUCUCCGACACAAGGAUGUGCACAAGGGCCUUACACGGAGAUACGAGGGCCCAUUCCAAGUCCUCCAGCGCGUAAGCAGCGUGGCGUACAAGGUGGAACUCCCUAAGAAGCUAAAACUCCACCCGGUAUUUCACGUGAGUAUGCUGAAGCCAUUCCAGGAGGACAAGGAAGAUCCAAGCAGGACCGAGUCCUCACAUGCACCAAUUGGGGCUACUGCGGCAUACGACCGACAUGUCGAGCAGAUCUUGGCUGAUCGGGUCUUGAGGAAACAUUGGUGCAAGCCGAAGCGUGAGUACCUCAUCAAAUGGAAGGGGUGCCUGAGAACGAGUCAAGUGGGGAACCCUCUAAAGACUUGUGGCAGUUCACGAAGUAGAUCAAGAUUUUUCACGCAGAGGAUGCGACGAGAGCGUCGCCAGAAUAGGUAG